UAAUUUUAUUAUUUGCUCUUUUCAGGACAGUUGUAUAGCUGUGUCCUGUAUUUUAAUGCUGAAAGCAUGGCUUUGUGCCUUUGAGAAGGACAGAAAGUAAUAACAGAAUGGCCGACAAUUUAGGCAGCUUGUUUGAUUCCGAUCCUGGGUUUCUGGAAGAGUUAGCCAGUGGGACGAACGAGUCAGUCCCAAAUGUACCUCAACAACAACAAAUGGCUGGUAUGAUGUCUCAAAACUCUGGUCAAGUACCACAAGGCAUGAUGCAAGCUGGUCAUCCCCACUCUAACUAUAAUAUAGGUGGAAUGCAGCAACAGCAGCAGCAACAAGGGGCUGGUUACAACAGUAUGCAGUUUCAGCAAACUCAGCAGCAAGCCCCUCAACAGUUUUAAUCAACAAAAUUUCAAUCAGUAUAAUAGCCAGCAGACUGUUUAUAAUCCCAAAUAUGGUAUCUACACCUAGUCAAAAACAGGGACACAUAAACCCAAAUCCAAUGAUGUCACCAACCCAUACAAAUCAGUUUGGAAGCCCUCCCUCUGGUAUGAUGCGUCAAGGACAGGUGAUGUACCAGUACAAUGCUGCUGCCGCUCAGCCGGGACCGAGACUGCCGAACCAGCACAACAGCAGCAGAUAAAGAUGGCUCAGAUGCAAGGAUGGAACCAGAACACGCAGAUGUUCAAUCCUCAACAGCAGCAAGCCCAGUCGAAACAACAGCCUCAACAGCAGUACAUACCACAGCACCAGUCUAAGGCUACUAUACAGGGAAUUAGAAUGCAGGUUCCAUUUUCUGCUGCCCAGUCUGGACAGAAUCAGACAUUGUAUAUGCAGAGAAUGUCCUCGCCUGGUAUACAGGUAAAUAGAAUGCCUACUGUGAAUGCUAGUCAACCAAACUCUAUGGGAAUGUCCCAGCAGAUGUAUUCUCAUGGCAAUCAGAAUUUUAACACUAUGAAUAUGCCACACGCUAAUACACCGACGAGUAUAUCAAAUGAUCCUAUGAUAAUGCAGCAGCCUCAGCAGUAUAUACAUCAACAACAGACCACUCAGCAGUUUCCUCAGCAGCAACAACAGCAGCAGCAGUAUCAGUAUCAACAGCCGAUGCAACAACAAAGCAUGACAGAUAAUUGCGUAAAUACCCCUCAGCAACAACAGCAGAAUAUAUUAAGAUUUCCACAGACUAGUCCAACUCUGCCAAAUGUUCAGCAACGACUGCCAUUUAAUAAUAUGAACAACAUGAAUACCAUGUCUCAGCCUAGAGCAAAUGUGCCAAUGCUUUCCCCUCGUCCAACCCCACCACCACAGUCUCCUUCGUUGACAUCCGGGAUGCUCUCACCUACAGGAUCUACCUCAUCGCAUCAAGGCGGCUUCAACUCUAUGGAGCCUUCACCUAAUCAUCCACAGUCACAACAGAAUAAUUCAAACAUGUUCCAGCCUAAUGCGGAACUUAAUGACAAACAUAAUUUCGGUCAGUUUAAUAAUCAGAACAUGAAUCAGAUACAGUCACAGACUGUAAAUCAGACAAAUGGACCAAAUUCUAACAUGCAUGUGUCAGUGAAUACAAAUACGAACAACUUACAAAAUCAAAGUCAGUGUAGUCCAGUGAAGAAAGUUGUAUCUCCGAGUAGCUCAGUUACCUCCCCUUCGAACACUAGCAUGGAUAUACAGAGUCUAAACCAGCAGAUACAGCAGUUGUAUAGUAUGCCCCAGACACCACAGACUCAGCAGAAGAUCUUAGACUUACAGGAGAAGGUUCAGAUGUUAAAAUCUCAGCAGUUACAGCAAUCUCCAAGACCCAGUCCACAGCAACAGCAGUUUCAGUCACCAACUGGUCUACAAGGGAUCUCCCAGCCACUGCCUAGUCCAAAACAGGCACAGUCUACUAUAACUUCCCAAGUCGUGACAUCACUUCCUCAGAUGAGUAGUGGAACCAGCAAUAUACCCGCAAACCAAAUGACUCAGUCUGGUUCCCAGGCUAAUCCUCAGACAGGUUCACAAAUAAUUCAGCCUGGGUCUCAGUCUGUCCAGCAAAUAGUACAGAUAGGUCAAAACGGAUCACAGAUGGUUCAGUCAGGAAUGGCUGGCACUCAAAUAGUUCAUCAAAGACCGCCAGUCGUACAACCGGGUCAGAUGGUACGAUUGGUUCAAGCCGGGCCAGGGAACCAGAAUAGCCAACAGAAGAUUUUCAUUAUACAG